AUGUCGAAUAGAAAACCAAAAACAAGGUGUUUUAGUAUGGAUAAUAAAUAUAAUGAUAUUUCUACGCCUACAACGGCAGACAUGAUAAAAAACGGCUCCCUGCUUGCACUGUCUGCAGGAAAUGCUUUUAGCAAUUAUGCACCAGUAGUUGGAGCAAUCUGUGGUUUAUGUGAAAUGAUUAUUAAACUUUACGAUACUAUUAAAGAAAACAAGGUAAUUUCCAGAGCAUUAAUUAAUAGAGUUGAAUUGGCACAUGUAGCCGUAAAACAAAUGGAGAGAGAAAAAGAAGAAAAUGAAGAAAAUUUUCGUAAAGAAAGUUAUUUUAAAGCAUUUAAUAGACUUGAAGUUGUUUUGAAAAAUAUUGAAACUUUUAUUAAAGAUAUUUCAAAUUAUGGAGGAUUUAGAAAAUUCAUUAAUGCUGACCACAUUAAAAAGUGCUAUAAUGAUCUUGUUAGAAAUUUGGAAGGAGCUUGUGCAGAUUUACAAUUCAAUGUAAUUCUUUCUAGUUAUCAUACAAUGAGAGAACAAGACAAUAACACAGAGGGUUAUUUUGCUAAAAUAUGGGAAAAGCUUGAGAAUGUUGAAACAAUGCAGCAUAGUGAAUUAGUUUUAAUAAAAAAAUUAAAUAAAUGUUUGGUAUCUGACAAUGUGGAAUUUAAUCCCAUAAUAAAGUUGGCAAAAAUUGAUCCCAAGGAUAUAGAUGAUGUAAAAUCAAACUGUAGAAAGUCUACAGAUUUAAGAGGUGCAAAUAAUAGGAUUGUUAAAAAAAUACUUAGAAAAACAGUUGAGGUAGCAUGUAAAAAUAUUUUAAAUUAUCCAAGGGAUGAUGAUACCUCUGAAUCAAAAAAAUUUCAAGCAAAACUUGCAAUACUAAAUGCUAUUCAAUGCAAAUAUAUUAUUAAAUUUUAUGGUAUCUCCAAUGUAAAUUCUCAUGAUGCUUUGAUAUUUGGCUGGGCUGAAAAGGGCAAUUUAAAAGAUUUGUACAAUACUCAUUACAUUGACUGGGUUACAAAAUUAAAGAUAUCAUAUGAUGUCAUUAGAGGACUUUUAUUUAUGCAUAGUGGUGAAAUUUUACAUCACAAUGUUAAAUGUGAAAAUAUAUUAAUCGAUGAGAAUGGAAGUGCAAAAGUUUCAAAUUUUGAGCUUAGUCGUAAUUUAUCUGGUGAAACUACAAUAUUAUCAGAUUUAAAUGAUUAUAUUCGUUGGAUGGCUCCUGAAAAGAUGGGAUCAAAGACUCAACGUUAUAAUCUUUAUUGUGAAAUGUUUAGCUUUGGAAUGUUUCUUUGGGAGCUUGCUUAUCAACAAAUUCCAUAUAAUGAAAUGAAUGUAACUAGUAUUAGUGAUCAUGUCCUAAGUGGUCAAAGAGAAUCUAUAAAGAUUGGAGUGCACAAUACAGAAAUUCAGCAAGUUUUAAUUCAAAUUAUUAAUAGAGCCUGGGAACAUUCACCAUAUAGCCGUCCAUCUUUUGCUGAAAUAACAGAUGAAUUGGCAGAAUUGUGGAAAAGUUUUGAAAGUAUUAAAUAUGUAGCCAAAUUUAUUGCUAAAGAUGAAGUUUCAAGUGAUGAAAUUCAGCAUUAUAAUAUUGAUGAGGACUCGGAUUUUGAA